CCUAUCUGUGUAUUUACCAAACAUGGAAAAUCAAGAGGCUUCUUGUGAGGAUGAGCUGCCAUUGAAUCACGUAGGAGAUGAGGAAGAGUUUAGAAGCUGUUGUGGAGAUGAAGAAGUAUGGUUAAAGGAGAGUGAUGAUACAGCUAAAGUAGCAGAGGAGGAGGAGAAAAAAGAUGAGCUUGAUGAUGAGUUCUCUGUUAAGAUGUUUUUCAAGGGAGUUUCGAUAUCCGAAAGAGGAGAUUCGGGUUUGGGUUACUCGGGAAUUGGUGUUGUGUUGGAGAGAUCAGGAGAUUUUGAGCUGAUUCAGGUUCAGAAGAAGUUGGAGUUUCAUGUUGAUGACUCUGUCGCUAACUAUUUAGCUUUGAUGGAUGGUCUUGCAGUAGCUUUACAGAACAAUCUCCGUUCUGUGGUUGCUGUAACCGACUCCGAGUUACUCUAUGAUCAGGCAAGUCUCUUUCAAAUGAUAACUCGUGAGGAGAAGCUUGAGAUCCCACUUUUGGUAGCUCUGAGAGAAAGGGUAUUGGAGGAAACAAGUAACCUCGAUGGGUUUGUUCUAAAGCUUGCGCCUUCCCAUGAUCUUGAUCAAGCUCUAAGCUUGGCUCAAGUAGCGGUAGGAAUCGUGUCUUUUAACCUCGAUGUUGAUAAGUUAGCUGAGAGCUGCUCAAUCUGCUGUGAAGACCGUCAAGCCGAGAUGAUGCUAACACUGAAAUGCACUCACAAGUUCUGUUCGCAUUGCAUGAAAACAUACGUCGAAGGGAAAGUACAGUCUUCGGAAGUUCCCAUCAGGUGUCCUCAAGUGCAGUGCAAGCAUUAUCUCUCAGCCGCGGAGUGCAAAUCGUUUCUUCCCGUCGCUUCUUUCAGAUCAUUCGAGGAAGCAAAUGUGCGUGGUAACAACAGUGGCAAGAUCUACUGUCCGUAUCCCAACUGCUCUUUUCUGUUAGACCCGAGUGAAUGUCUAUCACCGGGAAGGGCAAGCGCAAGCGCGAGCUCGUCUAGUCACUCAGAGAAUAGCUGCUGUGUGGAGUGUCCGGUCUGUGAGAGGUUUGUGUGUGUGGACUGUGGUGUUCCUUGGCAUGAUUCUAUGAGCUGUGAAGAGUUUCAGAUUCUUCCCGUUGAUGAAAGAUAUCCAGAUGAUAUUACAUUGCAUCGCUUGGCGAGGUACAAGAGGUGGAGACGGUGUCAGCAAUGCCGUAUAAUGAUCGAACUUGCUCAAGGCUGCAACCACAUGACUUGCCGGUGUGGGCAUGAGUUUUGCUACUGUUGUGGAGCAGAGUACAGAGAAGGGCAGCAGAGUUGCACUUGCGCUUUUUGGGACGAUGACGAAGAAGAUCAAGAAAACACAGAGUCGGAGAACACAAUCCAAGAACUUGAGCAAUGGCCUUGGGACACAUUUAGCUCGAUUCCAACUGUAAUGGACGCUUACUCAGAGCAAGAAAGAUCUCAGCUUGCUCUGAUCCAACGGUUCUUAGCGGGUGGA